GUCAUUUAUUUCUUACAGAAAUCCAAGCCUAUUUAAACAGACAAAAUGUUCCUUUAAUGAACUAAAAUGAACUUGCAUAAACCAUUAAGAACAAGGAUGACACCAAAACCAAAUCAGUUUAGGACUGAGCUCCUCGACGAUUUCAGGGAAAGUGAAAAGCUAUGGGAGGAGGAAGAGUGUGCGAAUGUGUGAAUAGAGCAGGAGACUGGAAACGUCUUUUACUCGUUUUCCAGAUAGGUUCCCCAAAGGCGAAGUUUUCUUCUUAAGGCACAGCAGAGUCUGCUUGCGUUCAGCCUCUUAGCUCAUGAAGUUGUGAAGUCCUCUUUCCUAGAGCUUAGUAUUUUUUUUACAGGAGCAUGGACGUUUUGAUAGUGUUGUUUUCUUCCACAUUUUAAGCAGUCCGAUGGUGUUGUUUAUCAAGAGGCAGGCCCUGGCAUUCUUGUUCUACCAGAAAUGAUUUUCGGAUUUUCGGCCUCUAUCAGCACUAGGCUGGGGAACAGCUUCACUCUCUGAUCUUUCGGCAGAAAGCUGUCAUUUCCUUGUGGUGCUGAAGUUUAGGACCAAACUGAGCAUGCGCUGCCUCCAAUUCCCCACACAGCCACCCCUCCCAUCCUCUGACUCCGCCCCCACCCCGUCUCCCGUGAGCGUGAUUGCGUCACCACGCUCCUGACCCCUGGCGACCCCGGAAGUGGGUCGGGGGCUUGGCCUCGGCCAGGCCAAGGAGCCGGCACAGAUAGUGGUGGCCGCUGGAGUCCGGCCAACCGAGCCUGUCCGGUGGCGGAGGCCGGAUGCGGCCCGAGCCGGGGGCCCAGGAUGCUGAACGUCCCUUCCCAGGCUUUCCCGGCCCCCGGCUCCCAGCAGCGCGUUGCCUCCCAGGGGCGUAGCAAGGUAAGUGGCGACGGCCGUUCGCCUACUGACUCAAACACCCCGAGUUUGUUCAAGUUGCUGAAGUUGUCCUCUGUAGGUCUACUCAGUACCCUGCUUCCGGCGUGGUUGCUUUUCUGCCUCAAGCUGUCCUCUCCAGUCUUUUGUUCUUUAUAGUCAGAAGGAAAAGGCUGAGCAGUGGCAGCCAGAGAGACUUAUCUGAAAGACUGGUGGCUAGGGAAGACUGGAGUCUGCAAACCUCCCAUCAAAUUUGGUGUCACCUUUCCACGUCACACUCCUCUGUGUAUAAGAGAACCAAUUGUUCCAGCUCUGCCUCAUCUGUGGACACCCCUGGUUGACUCUGAGUCCGGUACCGUGCUCUUGACUAUUUGUUGAAUAUGGUUACUGUGAGCAGCAGGUGGAAAUACAGGUACCUUUAAAACAAGGCAGGAGUCUUAUGGAUUGGAUCCGAUUGACCAAAAGUGGAAAGGACUUCACGGGAUUGAAGGGCGGGUUAAUUGAAGUAACAGAAGAAGAACUUAAGAAGCACAACAAGAAAGACGACUGUUGGAUAUGCAUAAGAGGGUUUGUUUACAAUGUCAGCCCAUAUAUGGAGUAUCAUCCUGGUGGGGAGGAUGAGCUUAUGAGAGCCGCAGGAGCAGAUGGAACGGAUCUUUUUAAUGAGGUGCAUCGUUGGGUCAAUUAUGAAUCCAUGCUGAAAGAGUGCCUGGUUGGCAGGAUGGCUGUGAAGCCCGCUGUUCCGAAAGACUGUCAUGAAGGAAAGAGAGUCUUAAAUGGCAUGCUUCCCAAGAGCCAAGUGACAGACACACUGCCCAGGGAAGGCCCCAGUUCUCCAAGCUAUGAUUGGUUCCAAACAGAGUCUUCAGUGACCAUUGUUAUAUACACCAAGCAGAAGAAUAUCAAUUUAGACUCAGUAAUCGUUGACCUCCAGGAUGACUCCUUGAGAGCAGAAGCAGUCAUCAAGGAUCAUUCUUAUCUUAUACAUAUUGGGUUAAGCCAUGAAGUUCAAGAAAAUUUUUCUGUACGGGUUAUUGAGAAUGUUGGAAAAAUAGAGAUUGUCCUACAAAAGAAAGAAACUGUUUCUUGGAAAUGUCUUGGUGAUCCCCUGGAGAAACAUGAUUCUUUUAUUCCAAAGAAAGAUACAGGCUUGUACUAUAGACAGUGCCAGUUAAUUUCCAAGGAAGACGUUACUCAUGACACAAGGCUCUUCUGUCUGAUGCUGCCUCCCAGUACUCACCUUCAGGUGCCAGUUGGGCAACAUGUUUACCUCAAGCUCAGUGUCACAGGUGCAGAAAUAGUAAAGCCAUAUACACCCGUGUCUGAGUCCUUACUCUCAGAUUUUAAAGAACCAGUUCUUUCCCCAAAUAAGUACAUCUACUUUUUGAUCAAAAUCUAUCCUGCUGGACUCUUCACGCCAGAACUUGAUCGUCUUCAGAUUGGAGAUUUUGUUUCUGUAAGUGGUCCUGAGGGCAAUUUUAAAGUUUCCAAACUCCAGGAAGUGGAAGAUCUCUUUUUAUUGGCAGCCGGAACAGGCUUCACACCAAUGGUUACUGUACUGAAUCACGCUUUAACUCACAUGUCCAGUCUCAGGAAGGUGAAGUUAAUGUUCUUCAAUAAAACAGAGGAUGACAUAAUUUGGAGAUGCCAGCUAGAGAAAUUGGCAUUAAAAGAUAAAAGAUUUCAUGUUGAAUAUGUUCUCUCGGCACCUUCCCCAGAAUGGAAUGGCAAACAGGGACACGUGUCACGAGCUCUUCUCUCUGAAUUUUUGCAACGAAGUUUAGAAAAUUCUAAAGUCUUCCUUUGCAUCUGUGGACCAACCCCAUUUACAGAUGAGGGGAUAAGGUUGCUGCAUGAUCUUAACUUUUCCGAUGAUGAGAUUCAUGGUUUUACAGCAUAAUAAAAAGAUGCCAUUGUCUUUUAUUCCACUAGUUUAUACUUGUGAUUGCCUAGGGUUUUUUAAAAGAAUUUUUGUAUGUACGAAAGGUUAAUCAGAAUCCAGGCUUCCGUUUCUGCAAUGAAGUCAUGUGUCUUCAGUACAGGUAACUUCUUGGUUUAAUGUUUGUACCGUGACUUACUUUUCUGCUGAUGCCUGACCUGAAACUUCAGUCAUGACAGCAGGUGCAUACAAGAGCCUUUGUUAUGAGCUGCAAGUUUCCUUACCACUGAAAUUGUAUCACUGUUCUGCAGUAAACACUUGUAUUUUAUGACAUGAUAAACUAAGCAAUCAUUUUGGUCACUUUUUAUGCUGCAAGAUAUCUUCUGAGCAAUACAGAUUAAGUUUUACACUGCACUGUUCACUCAGGAAUCGAUGGUGUAUAUCCUUAUUAGUCUUAACACACAGAAUGCUGUAACUAUUUGUGGUCAGGUUUUGUGGGUGUCCAUGGCAUUGUUACAGAUAGAAUAAAACUAUACUUCAUACUUUUUA